AUGGCAGACAUCGAGAAGAAAGCCCGCCUGUCGGGUGAACAGACACGAAGUGCUGAAGCUGCCUCUGUCCUACCAACCACAAAUGCUCCCUCCGAGAAGGCUGCUCCGCCUCAAUCUUCUCUGCACCCGGCCGUCUACGUCGCGACUUGGAUUGGCUUCAGUGGAGGUGUGAUUCUAUUCAACAAGUGGCUCUUGAGUACAUUGGGUUUCAGCUUUCCUAUCACAUUGACAGCAUGGCAUAUGAGUUUUGCUACCUUCAUGACCCAAUUGCUUGCAAGGACCACUACUCUCCUCGAUGGACGGAAAACCGUGAAGAUGACGGGCCGAGUCUAUAUCCGGGCAAUCCUUCCAAUCGGUUUCUUUUUCAGCUUGAGUCUGAUUUGUGGUAACCAAGUCUAUCUCUACUUGAGCGUGUCAUUUAUCCAAAUGUUGAAGGCUACAAUGCCUGUGGCUGUCCUUUUGAUCUCCUGGGUCAUGGGAAUUGCACCCCCUAGCCUUAAGACAUUAGGAAAUGUCUCUUUCAUUGUCAUUGGCGUCGUCAUCGCCUCAUAUGGAGAGAUCGAAUUCGUCCUCACCGGUUUCCUCUACCAAGUGGGCGCCAUCAUUACCGAGGGCACUCGUCUAGUGAUGGUGCAGCGACUCCUCAGCUCGGCCGAGUAUAAGAUGGAUCCACUGGUUUCUCUCUACUACUUUGCUCCUGUGUGUGCAGUGAUGAACGGCCUCACCGCUCUUGUGCUCGAAGUCCCCAGCAUGACCAUGAAGAACAUUUACGAUGUUGGCAUCUUUUUGUUGAUCGCCAAUGCGAUGGUGGCAUUCUUGCUCAACGUCUCAGUGGUUUUCUUGAUUGGAAAGACAUCUUCGUUGGUGCUUACCCUUUGCGGUAUUCUCAAGGACAUCCUUCUCGUAGGCUGCUCGGUGGCAAUCUGGGGAAACCCGGUUACCAAGACGCAGCUCUUUGGUUAUGCUGUUGCCCUUGGUGGUUUGUUGUACUACAAGCUUGGGGCUGAACAGUUCAAGCAAUACAUUAGCCAGGGUGGUCGGGCUUGGUCAGAAUUUGGCGUGCAACGACCAGCUAUGCGAAAGGCUCUGGUUUUUGGCCUGGUGAUUUUGACUAUGUUCAUCCUCCUCGGCGGGCUGGCUCCCACGUAUGCACCUGACCAGACGCAAAACUUGAAGAACAUGUUGAGCACUGGCCUAGGCUCAUAA